GUUGUGAUGCAAUUCGUGCCCACACAUGGACAUGAGCGUGGUACAACUGCACAAGAACGCCCCACCUCCACCGCGUACCCCUACGGGUCGUCGUCGUAUGCGACGUCCGACCACCGACUACUCCGAUCAUCAAGUAGAGCCGACGGCACGUCGCGGGCAAUCCCAAACCGUGUUCAAAGAAAGCUCAUGAAUUUUUUGACUCCACACAUAGUUCGGAAGCCAAGCGCUUUACUCGAACCUUCCUCCGCCGCACCCGCAGCGCCGCAUCUGUCGGAGUAUGCGUUUCGGGGGCUGCGGAUUCACCGCUACGACGACUACGGACAUUACGUUCUUGCGGACGCGGAAGAAGGAGAAGGACGUCACGGCCAUCAAGGUGGUGCUGCAGCUCGUCACCCAGAUCCGUCACGAACACUCUGC